GUCUGGAGCAUCUUUCGUUCGGCGGUCAUCACCUACAUUGCACCAAUGUUUUCUCGUUCACUUCUUUCGGUGCGGUCGCGUGCAGCUGUUGCUAACCAGCUUAGCCUCCGAAGUUUCGCGGCGAGCCGAAAUGCCAGUACACUCGUUCUUGUCGAACACAAGAAUGACGCGGUUGCCUCGUCCACACUGAAUGCCAUUACGGCAGCCACGAAAAUUGGUGGAUCUGUCACCGCUCUGGUCGCCGGCUCUGCUCCCGACGCAGUUGCUAAGUCUGUAGCUGGCCUGCAGGGGGUCAACAAGGUUCUAGUAGCUAAGCAUGAUGCUUACGCACAUGCCCUCCCCGAAACGCUUGCACCGUUGAUUGUAGCAGCCACGAAGGCCGGAAGCUUUACGCAUGUCGUUGCACCACACAGUGCAUUUGGAAAGAACGUUCUACCCAGAGCGGCCGCCCUUUUGGAUGUGAACCAAGUAUCGGAUGUCAUCGGGGUUGAGGGAGAGGAUACAUUUGUCCGACCAAUCUAUGCUGGAAAUGCCGUUGCAACUGUGAAGUCAAAGGAGCCCAUCAAAGUCAUUACUGUGCGUACCACCGCAUUCCCGGCUGCGGCGAGCGGCGGUUCCGCGUCCACAGAAUCUGCACCAUCCGCAGACACUGCUUCUCCCACAGAAUGGAUUAAGGAAGAGAUCGCGAAAAGCGAUCGACCUGAGCUCGGCAGCGCAAAAGUUGUCAUCGGAGGAGGUCGUGGUAUGAAAAAUGGCGAGAACUUCAAACUCUUGUACGAUCUUGCCGAUAAAUUGGGAGCUGCCGUUGGUGCCUCCCGAGCGGCGGUUGACGCUGGUUUCGUUAGCAAUGACUUGCAAAUCGGUCAAACCGGUAAGAUCAUUGCUCCCGAACUCUACAUUGCCGUUGGUAUCUCUGGUGCUAUUCAGCACUUGGCUGGUAUGAAGGACUCGAAGUGCAUCGUUGCCAUUAACAAAGAUGGCGAUGCACCCAUCUUCCAAGUAGCAGAUUACGGCCUCGUCGAUGACCUGUUCAAGGCCAUUCCGGACAUUACAAGCAAGGUUGACAAGAUUUAAGUGUAGAUGUCGGAGUUAGCAGUGGGCCAUGUAGAGUUUUAUAAACUAUCCAUUCUUCAAUCUCAUGCAAGCAUCAUAAAUUACCAUUUAAUAAUAGUUGCUUGCCAAGGAGCCCUGGUUAUAGAAUUGACCGUCACCAAUGGCCAUGGCGUUUUUGUGCAAGA